AUGGCAUUCCUUCAGCUCCUGUCCUGCCUGGCCUUCGUGGCUGCUGUCUCAGGCUGUGGUGUUCCUGCCAUUGAGCCUGUCCUGAAUAAUAUGCUCAGGAUUGCCAAUGGUAAAGAAGCUGUUCCUGGUUCUUGGCCCUGGCAAGUCUCUCUGCAGAGAAGAGGUGCCCACUUCUGCGGGGGCACCCUCAUCAGUAACAAAUGGGUGGUCACAGCUGCUCAUUGCAAUGUCAGGACAACAGACAAGGUGGUUGCUGGAAGGCAUAACCUGAUGUCUCAUAGAGAAAGGAAACAAGUUCUGUGGAUUGCCAAGGUCAUCAGGAACAACAAUUAUGUAAAUAUCCUUUUGGGGAAUGACAUUACCCUGUUGAAACUGGCCAUACCUGCCCGCUUCUGGAAAAAUGUGUCCCCUGUCUGCCUGCCCAGUGCCAAUGAUGACUUCCCCGAAGGUACUUCCUGUGUUACAACUGGCUGGGGCUGGACCAAGCACAAUGCUGAAAGACGCCAAGACAUCCUCCAACAGGCAGUUCUGCCCCUGGUGUCUGAUACUAAAUGCAAGAGAUAUUGGGGGAAAAGAUUCAAGGACAUCAUGAUCUGUGCUGGAGCCAGUGGCGCUUCUCCCUGCUUGGGUGACUCCGGUGGACCCCUGGUCUGCAAGAAAAACAACGUCUGGACCCUGGUUGGUAUUGUCUCCUGGGGAGAAGCCUGUUCCAUUACCUCCCCUGCUGUGUUCACCCGAGUCACCAAGUUCAUCCCCUUUAUCAAGAAAACCCUGGGCAACAACUGAGCUGUUUCCCACCCAAGAAAGUAGGUACCUUUAACUCUCCCCAUCCCCCAAUGCCAAUAAAUAUAUCUAUACAGGA